AUGUCCUUCCCAAAACAGCUCCCAAACGCGGUCAAGGAGAUCCGGCUGCACCUCUGCCAGACCGCCAAAGCAUCACAAGGCCUCAGACAAUUCGUUGUUUCAAAUUACCCAUCUAUCAAAUCCUCAAACCCCGAUGUCAAGCUGUUGGUGAGGGAAGCAAGCGGAGUGGAGGCCAAGGCGUUUGUGCGGUUUGAACGCGGGGCAGAGAGCCAAACAUCGUUAGCGAACCUUUCAGAGAAGGAUGUGGGAUCAGCACUGGCGCGAUUGAUAGCAUCGCAGAGCGUAGGGAAGGCAUAG